UCACACAACUCACAUACAGCAACAAUGUCGUCUUGCACAGAGGCUCAAAGCAGCGGAAGUGCUGUUGCCAGUGCUUCGAUAUUCGACAGCUUUUCUUCGGCUUUCUCAUCUAUGUUCGCAACCGCACAUGCUGAUGAGGGGGAAGAUGAAGGAGGAGAAGAAGAAGGAGAAGGAAAGGAAGAAUGAAAUGCCUGCAAUCUAUGAAGAAUGCGAAAACUCAAAAGGAUGUGCACCCGCCAAACAUCACUUUAUGGAAUGCCAAGAACGUGUAGAAUCCGGUAACGGUUUCAAGGACGAAAACUGCGUCGAAGAAUUCUUCCAUUUAGCACAUUGUGCAUCCGAAUGUUCGGCACCCAGAGUAUUCAGCAAACUUCAGUAAAUGAUCCUUGGUGGUGGCGCACACAAAGUGGAAAGUGAUCAUUUUGACAGAUGUACGAAGCUUACCUGAUUACCUCAAUGUCAAAUUCAUUUUGAAAAA